UUUUUUUCUGAAUGUUAAAUUACCAAAUAUAUACAUUUUGUAAUUAAUAUUGUUAUAUAUUUUAAUAAUAUUAUUAAAUAAAAGAACGAACUGUAUUUUUAAUCAAUAAAUUAAUUAAUUAAUUCAAAUAAUUAAAAUGGCUGGCGGUAAAAAUUCUCAAGGAGCUUUUCAACCGGACUCGGAUGUUCAUAUUUCGUAUGAGGAUCAGCAAAAAAUAAAUAAAUUCGCAAAGCAAAAUGCGCAGAUGGACGAUUUGAAGGAAGAAUUAAAAAUGAAGCAGAAUGAUUUGAAAAAUUUACAAGACGCAAGCGAUGAACUUUCACUAAUGGACGACGAUGCUAAAAUCCCAUAUCGUAUUGGGGAUUUAUUUGUGUCUCAAGAUGUUGAAAAAACACAGAAAUGCCUCGAAGAAGCGAAAGAUAAAAAGUUGUCAGAAAUAAAAUUACUUGAAUUAAAGUGCGCGGAUUUGAAAAGUGUUAUGACCGAUUUGAAAGCUCAAUUGUAUGCUAAAUUUGGUAACCACAUUAAUUUAGAAGCUGAAGAAGAUUAAUCAAAUUUUUAAACUCAUAAUUAAUUUUAUUUUCAAUUACAAAUAAUUUUUGUUAAAAUCAAUAAAAAUAAAUCAAAUCAACUACCCAAAUUAA